UCUGCUCCAGGUAAUGCGCUUUUUAUCUGUCACUUCGGGAGAAUGUGUGCAGCUACAAAGCGUUGCUAGUCUUCUAAAAUUGUAGUGAAAGUCAAGCGCAAGUCUCCACCGAUGCAGACUGGAUGUAGAAACCUUUCCUGGACUUUUUUUUCACUCACCUACAGAAGACUGUGCAGCAGGAGGAGCCUGACCUCACAGGCUGCUCUCUACUCCUCUACUUCACCCAUCCCUUCAUCCACCCACAGUCACAGCUUCUUCACAAGCCAACAAACCUCAGUCCCCCUCAACUCAACUCUUCACUUCCCUCCCACCCGCUUCCUCUCUCUGUCUGCUCACAGUUCAGGCCUGAUGGAGCUAAAAGAAGUUCUGCAGGUGUUGGAGCAGCUGGCUCCACUGUCUCUGGCUGAGUCUUGGGACAAUGUAGGCCUGCUGGUUGAGCCGAGCAAAUCUCGGCCUGUGAAAACCAUCCUGCUAACCAACGACCUCACAGACUCUGUCAUGGGGGAAGCUGAGGCCAUGAGCUGUGACCUCAUUAUCUCAUAUCACCCUCCAUUGUUCCGGCCAAUCAAGCGUCUGGUCCAGAAAGACUGGAAGCAGCGAUUGGCCAUCCGGGCUGUGGAGGCAGGGAUGGCGAUCUUCUCCCCCCACACUUCAUGGGACAGUGUGAAGGGAGGGGUGAACGACUGGCUGGUCGGGGGACUUGGUAGCGGCCAGGUGUCUGUGCUGAGUCAGGCCCUCGGUGCCGCCUCCCACAGUCACAAACUGGAAUUCACAGUAAAGAGCGCAGAGGAACUGAGCGCUGUUAUGGAGGAACUUCAAGCUUGUGACAGUGAAACAACACUACAGCAUUCAGUCAGCAGACCAGACAACGGUGGGAGCCGUGUCAGUGUUACCUGCAGCGACUCAGCGCUGACCCCCAGUGUCCAGACUCUGUUACGACACAAUGCUCCCAGUCUGUCCUUCAGCAUCCUGAAGUUAGAAAAGCCCCCUCUACUGGGUCAUGGCCAAGGACGACUUAGUGUUUUGGACCAGCCGGUAACGGUGGCAACAGCCAUCCAGAAAAUGAAGUCCCACUUGGGUUUGAGUCACCUUCGUCUGGCUCUGGGAUUAGGACGGACGCUAGAGUCCUCUGUGUGUACUGUGGCGGUGUGUGCUGGAUCUGGGGCCUCAGUGCUGAACGGAGUCAAGGCAGACCUCUACAUCACAGGUGAGAUGUCCCACCAUGAAGUGCUGGACGCCGCGGCCAAGGGAACUAGCGUCAUCCUCAGUGACCAUAGCAACAGUGAGCGAGGUUUUCUGGCCGUGUUCAGGGAGAAGCUGGCUGUGCGUCUCCCUGACAGCGUGACGGUGGUGGUGUCCAAAGCGGACAGAGACCCUCUGGAGGUGGUCUGACCGAUAGGAGCGACAUUUGCACUAGCUGAACUGAUUUUCACUAUUAUGAUUGGAUAACAUUUUUGACAUGUCAAAAGCACUUUUUGCUUUUGUUGUGCUGCAAUACAGGCUCUUUAUA